AUGGAGGAUAUGAAUGAUCUUUUUGAGAAGCCUGUUCCUGUUCGUAUUAGCAAGGCAGGCCAUGAAGACAGGCAGGAGGAACUAUCUGUGAGGAUAACACUGGGUUCAAGCCGGCAGAACAGGAACACCCGGGUGCUGAGGGUUCAGCUCACAAGUGAAGCAGACCCGUUCUUUGUCCACACUCUGGAAGUCAGCGAAGAGGACUUCCAGUCCCUGAAAGUGGAGCAGUGCAUCCUGGUCGACUUUGCAACCUUCCCUUCCAAAUUCAUUGAGCUGCUGGAGAAGUGCGUCGAAGCAAGGGUACAGGCUUCCCCGAGAUUUGUUGCCAUUCUCCGGCUCCGAGGCGGAGACUCGUCCGUCAGCAUUGUAGAAACCAACCAGUUCAAGCAUCUGAGCCACAUAUCCCUGAACUUUCGUCCUGGGAAUGAUGCUGCGGUGAAGCAGUAUCUUGCAGGGAGGCUGGCAGAGUUCAAGGCAGCCAACCAUGACUAUCACGAAAAACUAACAAGGGCACUGCACAUGCUGGACACAGCGCAAAAGGAUAAUUCGAGGUUGGCAAGUGAGGUAUCCAAGCUGAAGGACAGUAACACCCGGUAUGUCAGCGAAUUGAAGGGCGAACAAGCAUUAGCGGUCACCGCAGAGAAAGAGAAGGCACUGCAAGACUUGACCAGUUUGAAGGACAGGCUUGAGCGGGAGCGGCUAGAAACCGAGGCCCGGUACAGGGCCCAGAAUGACAAGUUGCAAGAGCGGAACACUGACCUGGACAAGCAAGUGCGAAGCUUGUUGGACACCAAGUAUGCACUAGAAACGCGAUUGGCUGAGCUGAACGGCAAGCUCAACGCAGUGGACGAUGAUCUCCAGCAGAUGCAAAAGGAGUGCGAGAAGCUCCGAGCAGACAACAAGGCCUUAGACGGAGAGAAGCACGAGGCCGAAAAGGUCCUCAACAGGCAUCUCAUUCGGCUGAGUGCCCUUGAGCAGCAGGUUCACGACAAGGAGGAGCUUCUGUCGAAAGUCAGUCAGCAGCUGGAGAGUGAGCAGAGCCACCGAGCGGCAGUGGAACAGUCCUGGAAAGAAAGCCAGGCUGCGGCAGCGAGGGCAGAGGAGCGGGUCACAGCAAGCGCAGCUGAGAUCAACAAGGGGAAUCAGAUCAUCGAGAAACUGCAGACGGAGCUUCGUGCCAGCAGAUCGAAGCUGAAGCUGAAGGCAGCAGUCACAGCGCAGCAAGAGAACCUGCUCGCCGAACGGCAGGCGACGAUCGAGAAAAGUUUGCGCGAAAACAGUGCGGUCAGGGAACAGGUAGCCGAGCUCAAGGCCGAGAAUGAGACCCUCAGAUCGAAGGCUGCGGACCUGAAGGCCAAGCUGGACGAGGCGCAGGAGACGCUCAAGUCGGACCAGCAGAUGAUCCAGUGGCUCAACACCCAGGUCACGGAAGCGCAGCUCGGCAAGCUCAACUCCGGGCCGGCGGCCACGCGCUUCUCCUUCAAGCCCAUCACGUCCUUCACCGCACCGAGCGCAGCCCCUGAUGCUGCCGCGCGGCCAUCGGCCGGCACCUCUUACGGCGCCUCUAUCCCUGCCCCGACCACUCGUCCCUUCACAAGCGUUCCCCAGCCGCACAGUAGUGCCUACAAGGCGCCAACGGCAGCCGGGGGAGCACCGCUGUACACAAGGCCGGGGUCGGGCCCGGCAUCUGGUGUCCCUUCGACAACCACCUCGUACAAACCUCCCAGUAGUACGUAUGCAUCCAUUCCACCGGCGGGUGGCAAGGUAUUGUACAAGCCUCCGAACGGGAGCGAUGGUGACCGCCUGUCUAGUGCGACCUUAGGCCUGUGGCAGGCUCAAGAGGGCGCUCGGCCGGGGGCCUUCGACACGGGUUAUCGAAGGCCAGUAAGCAGCGGACUGGGUGUUGGAGGAUUUGGGAGCUUAAACGCGGGCAAGAGCCGAGAAGACGUGGGAGUGCAGAGAAUACCGACACCUUUGCCUGCCGUAGCAACGACAGGUUAGUUAUCAUCUUAGUCCAGCUCAAAAAGCGCUACAAAUCCAAAAUGUCGAGUUGACUACAUAGUUCCACCUCUGUCAAAUACACGAGGCUCAACGAUCGGGCAUCUCAGCCUGCUUUGCAAGCGAUUCAAAGACAGAAGACGAGAGAAACAAGCUCGCCCCUCCACCAUUGACGAUAUUAAAUGAGGGGGGCACGCUAUGUAUGGUGGCCCAUCACCUCUGGGGGUCUAGUCGACUCGCUGUGGUUGCGAAGCAAUCCAUAAGUCCUGUGGCACAAUAGCAACGGGUCACGUGCUUUGCAAGCCCUUGAGCAUUGCAGUGGUC